AGGUGUGAAGGUAUUACUUUCUAGAUGUGAUUUGGAAAUAUACCUCCAGAGGAACUCCUACUCCAGGUGCCACAGAUCAUGUUGUUAUAUAAUGUGUAAACAUGGAGCCGCACUGCCGAUAGUAGUACUUUUUUCAGUUCUGCUGACUCCAGUGUUUUCUACACUCCCUCCGGCUCCCCAUAAUGCAACUCAAGCUACCUCACAAAACUAUACCACCACCCCCUUCGGCAACACCAACCAGUUUACCAACACCUCCCAAUUCAGCAAUCCUUUACCUAACUGUUCCACCAAUGAAACAUUGUAUAACUGUUCAUCACAACACAACUGCUGCCAGAGCCAAAGUAAUGUUCUAGUUCAACAGUUGGAGCAGAUAAAGGAUAAGUUUCAGGGAGUGGACGGUAUAAUCAGAAAAGACUAUCAAAAUAUCCAGGGUGAAGUAGAGCGUGGACUCACGUGGACUAAAGGUUAACCUAUCAGAAAGACUAGGAGACACCUAUUCCCUCCUUCUGCCUGCCUUCAACACUACAAUAGAUAGACUGUUAUCGACUAUUUCUAGGACAUGAUAAAUCAGAUGACUUAGAUAGUUAUAUCCGGGGACUCUCCUCUCAGAUACUGCACACUGUUCUCAGUAAGACGGAGGUGCCACCUCGGAAGUUUCCUAGAAACAUAAAAGGAAAAUAACAUAUUCUGGGACUAAACACCGUUCAGAGAUCUUGUGUUGUGGACUACAUGACCGGGGUCUACCCAUCUUGAUUAAGGUAUCAGACGAAGUGAUAGCGCAGAUGAGAAACUCUACACAGUCACUACACGAGUAUAUGUCGUUACUGGGUACCAUGGUUACCAUUAUUGAGAACAUGGUUAAAGCUCAGCAGACUAGGAAUUGUAUUGAUGAGAUAGUUAAGAUGCAACAGUGCUCGCUGUGUACGGAGACGGCUGUGUGUCCUGACUUUUAUAAACAGCUUUUGUCGGGUUGUGUACCACAACUAGAGGAGCUGUAUAAGAGAUGGGAUAACCUAAUGAGCGCUAUGUCAGAGUUAACACUGAGACUCUGUGAACACGACCUGGGCAGCCUUUAUAGUCACGUGUUCUUACUCUCAGACUUUGUAGUUGAGGGAAAACUGGAGGACAUUAUCUACCAGCAUGGCGUUCUGGCGUACAUGAAGUGUGUCCAGCCUGACUCACACAAGCGCUCAACAGGAAGUUUAGAUUACAGCCGGAGUCAGGAGAGCAUGGUUCCUGAAGAGAAGUUGAGCAAUGUCCCUAACCAACUACUAGCUGAGGAAUAUGUGUAUCACGGGUCAAAUGAAGGUAUUUUAUCAGAUAUAAGAUUAUCAAGAAGAGAAGCAGUUUCAGAUCCUCGUUCCUCUAGCUCUCCUCCUCCUCCUACCACUUCCUCCCCUAAAACAGCUGUAAGUCACCUACCGAAAUGCCGUGAAAAGUUAGGGCUAAAUUUCCCGCCCUUGGAUCUUGGAACAACAACUUCGCUGCUGAACAUUUCCAUCAGCGAUUAUAAUCUGGACUGUUGGAAUGGUUCAGAGAUUGGGAGCUAUAUUGUUGAUAAAACUGUAUCUUCUAAAUCCACUGCGCGCCCAGAAGCGCUAGCUAUUAAGGAGCUAGAUGAGAAGAUGUGUAAAUAUGCGCGAGAGUGUCAACCGCCGGAGGACCCGCCCCCCUUCAAUAACUCCCACCACGGACCAUCUGCAUUCCAAGUGUUAGCUUCCCUCGUCGCUUCCAUGUACUACUGUUGUUGCUAGCCAGUGCAGUGACGUCAUAUCACGUGUAGUGACGUUAUAUCACGUGUAGUGACGUCAUACCACGUGUAGUGACGUCACAUUUUAUACAAUAUUAUCUUCGGUUUACGCUGCUUAAUUUGAUCAAGAAGUUGUUUGCUAACAUUGGGAAAGAAACUAGUGCUGCUCAUCAACAUUUAAUAACCUUGGUAACCAUUUAGUAACCUAGGUAACCACCUUAAGUAACCGUGGUAACUACAACGUCAAUCAUGAUUAACAUUGUGUAUAUCAUCAUAGAGGUGAAACCUUUUUUACUCGAAGUUUUGUGGCAUUUCAGGGAUCAGACGUGAUUAAUAUCAUUCACCUGACAGAUUAUUUCCUGUGCACUUUUACAGCGCUCUGAUUGAUUAAGUUGAAUCACUCGGAAUAGAGCUCAAUUAAAAUAUUCCCAGAAAUUGUUGUUUUUUUCACAUUUGGUUAAGUUCAGAUGGUUACCAUAGUUACCUGUUAGAUAGACAAUGACUUGAAAAUUGGACUUUAAUAAUUUGUUUUAACAAUUCAUCAUUGUGAAACAUUUUACUAUGGUUACCAUGGCUACCCAUUAUCAUGGUAGUGUUACCAUGGUUAUAACCUAAUAUAGUGAGAUAAUUAUUCCUUAUAAUAAUGAAGCCAUGAAUAAAGAAAAAUGUAAGUUGUUUGUCAAAUCCGUGAAAUAGCUAAAGAGCUUCAAUUAUAUUUAUAAAUUACAAUCGCAAAAAUAUGAAUACAAAAAUGAUGGCUCUUAUUCCUACUCAAACCUGAAAAUUUAAUUAUAUACAGAUGUUUCCUAGUCUGAAUGUUAGGAUUUAAACCUCACAAUCUAGAACUUUCCCUAAUAACGCACGAUUAUGCUCUUGAUUCACUUAAUGCAAUUAGCUUGUUGAUACUUGCGUUCGAAGACAAUAUUCAUAAAUUAUAUGAUGAAUAUUAAAUGAAAAUUAGAACUUGAUUACACAUGAUUUGCCUUUUUUAUAUCAGAAAAUUAAUUUUAAUAGAGUUUUUGAUCCAGCUCAACUUUCCAAUAUAAUGAUAACUAUGUUUUAGUAGUAUUAGAAAUCAGCAAUAUCAUAAUUAUUUAAUGGACUCCUCCAGCACCUGUUAAAGCUAUUCGUCACGUGGUUAAAAUACCAUAGUUGGCAGUUCGCCAAAUAUGUAAAAUCCAGCUCACAUGCCUACACGUUAUUUGAAUUGAAUGAGAGAUUGUUUUUAGAAUGAAUAUUACGUGUAAUGUAUUGGAAUGUUAUCAUUAACAAAAUAUUAACUAAUUUCUGUUGUCUUGCUAAUAUAGUACAAAUUGCAAUCUCCAAACCCCUGCAAAACUGAUAUGAUAUUAUUCAUAAUUAGUAAAAUUUUGGAAUAUUCCGUUCGUUUCCAUUUCUGAGACAUCUCAAAUCGUUAUUUACAGAUGUUGCCUUGCAAUCCCAGAUUCUUAUAUCAUAAUACCAUAUAUGGUAGUGUUGCCGUGGUUACAUUACCAUAUAUGGUAGUGUUGCUGUGGUUACACUACCAUAGAAGGUAGGUUUCCAUGGGAACAUUAUUGUAGAUGAAGUUAGUUUUCACUGCAGGGAUCUUUAAGUUUAAUGGAAUACUUUACAAGUUUUUGCCAUUGUCAAAUUAUUGAACUAUUUAUUGUUAAAGUUA